CACAUUUACACUAAGUUGUUUUUACCAGGUUUUUAGUGGAACGUUUAAUUUUCUAUUCUUCCAUUUAGCUUCGAUUCAACGACAGAAGAUGCGAAGGAUGGUGCGUACCAUUUACACGAAAUUUCCUGGCGAAUAGCACCAGUGACAGUUGCCGUUGUGUGCUACAUUCGACGUUCAGGUAACGACAUUUAUUAAAUGGUGAUUACCAGUGCCAUGGAGAGAAGAAUCAAGUUGAAAACACUGAAUAGUCACAUAACAUGCAAGAUAUGCAGAGGCUAUUUGAUAGAUGCCACUACUGUCACGGAAUGUUUACACACAUUUUGCAAAAGCUGCCUGGUGAAACAUUUAGAAGAGAAGCACACAUGCCCGACAUGCCAAAUAGUGAUACAUCAAUCGCAUCCUCUUCAGUAUAUAAGCUUCGACAGAACUAUGCAAGAUAUCGUAUACAAAUUGGUUCCUGACCUUCAAGAGAAUGAAAUUAAAAGGGAGAGGGAAUUUUAUAGAGCGAGAGGUUUACCUUGCCCGAAAGACAUCUUACCGAAUGCAGGGGAAGUCGAGGAAGAUAAAGCAAGCGCGGACGCGCAUGCUGAAUCCGACUAUCACCGAGCAGACGAACAGGUUAACGUCUGUUUGGAAUGUGUAAAUACAAAUUUAAAGACGUUGAAACGAAGAUUCAUUAGAUGUUCUGCCCAAGCAACUAUUACGCAUUUGAAAAAGUUUAUUGCCAAGAAAGUCCUAAACGGGAUGGAAAGAUAUCGAGAUAUUGAUAUGUUGUGCAAUGACGAACUCUUAGGUAAGGACCAUACGUUAAAAUUUGUUUAUGUAACGAGAUGGAGGUUCCGGGACCCACCUUUGAGGCUACAAUAUAGACCACGAAUAGACAUUUAAGACUAAUAUUUCUGUGUUCGAUACGCGAUGAAAAAUCACAAAGAAUCUGUACCUACUUUAUACGUUUCCUAGUUCUAUUCAUAUAUUGCCCGUUGUAGUACUUAUUUCUGUGUUCGCAGCAAGAACUUGAGAAUUGAAUUUCGAAGUAGAGAUUGGCUUCUCGCGACAAGAAAAGAAAAAAAAAAAAUGAAAAUGGCUUUAGACUUACAUCUUUCUACCGUAUCGUCUUAAUCAGAAUACCAAUAGUCAUUAGCACAACGUACGUGUAAAAAUAGGGAUUCCAUCAUUAUACACUUGAUUAUAUUUUCUUUCUAUUCAUAGCUAGGGUUCCGAAUCGUUUGCAUACCGUAUCAUGUGAGUUACAUUAACUCGACUCUUCGAAUUCGGUGCGUUACUUUUUACGAGUAUAGAUUUCUCUAACGAAUAGUGUAAGUAGUCCAAGAACGCAAUGGCGACACUAUCAGAAAAUGAGGACGUUUCUGUUUAACUUCAGUGUCGCACAACGUGUUUUGUAAACAUUUCAUUUGCAAUGUUGCAUCUCGUGACCGUGACGUGAUACACCUUGCGUGUUCUUAUAUCCAAUUUGAGUAAAUAUUUCAAGCAUUCUUCGUUACAAAAUACAAGAAUGCCGGUUAGUGUCUUUUGCGGAUGAAGGUUUAUUAGUUUUUUCGUAAUCGACAACGGGAUAAAGUCGCCCUUCUAUUCGUAAUCCUAAGACGUGAAUUGUUUUGAUACGUACCCUGAUUGUAUAUAGAAUAUUUUUGACAGAAUUCUGAUAACAUUGCGCAUGGACGCAGCUUUGUAUUAGACGAAUGAAAGAAAGGAAAAAAAGAGAAACUGGGUCUAGACAACGAGGGUCUAGGCCUCUUUAACUUUGUAUGUUUACGCACUGUACACAUUCUAAUUCGGCCCCGAAUUUCUCUCAAUACCGGGCUACAAAAGAAUUUUAUCAGAUGUGACAUAUUUUCUCGAGGGAUUUGAUAAGGACAACGACGUGUUGAGCGGAACGCGGGGCAUUUAUCGCUUGUAGUAAAUGAACUUGUUUCAUCAGACAGUGUAAAGCGAAAAACCGUGUGAUUGUAUAUAAAUAUUCU